AAUAAUCCAACAUGGCGAGCUUAUAAUAGCCAGAUUUGACAAAACUGCAAAGAAUGAGCGAACUUUCUGUUGAUAUUGGACAUCAACUUGGGCUUACGGUUGGCUUGAGAACAAAAGGGUUUCAGGCAUUGCUCGACGGUAUUGCGUCUUCAAAAACAAAGCAUGAAGAAGACGAAAUUGUCAAGAAAGACCUUUCUGUUCUUAAGAAUCACCUUGGGGCUUCACUCCUCAAUUCUAGGCAAAUGAGAGAAAUUUUGUUACGUCUUGUCUAUUGUGAAGUCUUUGGCCAGGAUGCAUCAUUUGGAUACAUCAAUGCUAUAAAGUUUGCUGAACAAACGUCACUUUUGGACAAGAAAAUUGGUUACCUUGCAACAAAUAUAUUUCUCACCAGGGAUAACAAUCUUGUCUGUUUACUCAUCAACACCGUGCAAAAGGAUUUAAAAAGCACCAAUGUAGUUGCAAAAACUGCUGCUUUAGAUGUUGUAUGUAGUUUGAUUGAUGCUGAGAAAAUCACACCAUUAUUGCCGUUUAUUUUUCCUUCAUUUAAAGACAAAAGGUAUAAAGCUUUGUUGGCAAUAAAAUAUGUUCAUGAACUUGAUAAAGAUCUAGUUCCUAAUGUUCAUGAUUAUCUUCGAGCUGCUAUUAUUGAUCAUGAUCCUGUAGUUGUUUCUGCUGCAUUACUGUUUUUCUACAGCUUAAUUAAGAUAAAUGCAUCCAACUAUAAAAAUAUCUGAGCGUGUUUCAUAACAUCUCUGCAAAUUCUUGAUGGCAAACUAAAUGAUUUUAACUUUCAUGGUGUUUGUGCUCCAUGGAUUCAAAUAAGAUUGCUGAAAAUAUUUUCAUUGUUAUGUCAACAAUGUCAAAGCUCUAGUGAAACUAUCCGUUCCACUUUGGUAAAAACAAUGAAAAAAUUACAAACUGACUCCAAUAUUUCAUGUGCUGUGAUCUUUGAAUGUAUCAAAACAGUUACUGCUAUUUAUCCUAUAAAGUCUUUACUGGAUCUUGCUGCAAAAAAGACAACACACUUUUUAACAUCAAAUUGUAGCAAUUUAAAAUGCUUAGGAAUCACAGCAAUGACAUGUCUUCUUGAAGUGGACAAUAGUUAUGCUGGGGAUGAAGAACUUCAGAGAGUCAUAAUAAAAAGCUUAGAUGAGGAUGAUAAAACCAUUGCUAAGAAGAUACUGGAAUUGUUGUACAAAAUAACGAAUGAGGAAAAUAUUUAUGUGGUUUGCAAAAGACUGCUGCAAUACAUCAAAUCUUCUGCUGAAGAAUAUACAAAAAAUGAAGUUGCAAAUAAUGUUGAAAGAUUAGCCAACAAAUAUUCACCAAGUAUUAUGUGGUAUGUAAUGACAAUGAAUGAUGUCAUAUAUGCUGUAAACGGUCCUAUCUCUGCUGCUGUUUUAAGCAAUAUAUUUCGUGGAAUAGCUCAAGGUCAACAGAACGAGCAAAGAGAGAUUGCAAAGAUAUGUAUGGAAUUAUUGAAAAAUGAAAAUCUUCCAGACAGUCUUGUUCAAAUAGCUUGCUGGGUGCUUGGAGAGUACGCUGAAUUGAUAACAAAUGAUUAUCCAUAUGACGUUGUAUUAUCGGAGCUAACAUUGGUCAUUGAUGAAAAAUUUGAUGACGAAAGCACUCGAGGCUGGGUGAUUACUGCAAUUGCAAAAUUGUCCGCUCAUUUGGGUUCGUUAACGGAGGAAGUUGAGCAUAUAAUAGAUCGUUAUGGCGUUGCAAUAUCUGGAGAAUUACGACAAAGAUGUCAUGAAAUCAAAAUAUUAUCUUCUGAUAUGUCACUUAUGGGUGAAGUCUUCAAGCGAGAUAUGAAGCCAUGUCCAUCGCUAUCAUUUCUUGAUAACUACGUUGCAAAUUCAUUGAGUGCCGGUGCUCGACCAUAUCAAUCAAACUUUACUCAACAAAAAGAAAUUUCAGUGGGGAAAAAAGAAACGGAAAAAAUACUUUAUCAGCCUUAUCCUUUAUCCUUCAUUGAUACUGAAGAUGAUGGGCCAACAGAAAACACAGAAUUAACUCUUGUCAAAAUGCCCAAAGAAAAGAAAAUCUCACCAAUGUUAAAGAAAGAAAUUCUACGUCCUCCUCCUCCUGUUAGCUCAUCACAACCACUCUGGGGUCCAGAUGGAUACAAAGUGAAGAAAAUAAACAAAGGAAUUAAAGAUGAAGGAAAUAAGUCCACAUUUGAUUCACAAUCAGUACCUUUCCAUUUUGUGCCAUCAUCACAUUCAAAAGUAAAAACUGAAUCGACGAAAAUCUCCGAAAGUCAGCCGAUAUCUGGCAAAACCCUUCACAAUGAGUCAUCUUUUGCUUUAUUUGCGGGUAUUAAAAACAAAUCAAAAGACGUGACCAAAAUUAUCGACGAAGAAGACAAUAUCGGGGAUACACUGGUCUCUCAAAGCUUGUUGUCAUUUGGUGAAACAUCAAAUAUUGAAAAGAAAUCAAACGAAGAAAACAAAGUAAAUAAUCAAAAUCUUGUCAAAACUGACUCACAUGAAGAUAUUUAUCGACAGGAAAAAUCAUCCAUGUCACUCGAUGUAUUAAAAGAUCCAAAGAUCUCCAACUUGGAUUAUUUAGUUGUGGAAAGUGAUGCUUUGGUAGACACUACUCCAACAAAUGACUUUGAGAAAAGCAAAGAAAGAGAAUUUCCAGAUCCUCCGAAAUCAAUUCUUCAUGAUAAUGAAGUGGACGUCAAAGAUUCGUCAUCCACAACCACAGAUUUUGAUAUUUCUUUAUGGAAUUCAAAGAUUAAGAAAGACUUAUGUAUUGACAGUAACAUAAGGAUUACCACACAUCCUGUGUUUAGCCAAUCAGAACUGAUCAUUGUCAUCAUCUUCAUCAAUCAAAACCAAAGUCGUAUUCCAUUAUGUGAUGUUUCAUUGAAACUUGAUUCACCUUCAAAUCUUACAAUGAAUUCUAUUGAUCAGAUUUUUAUUGAGGAGUUAACUUCAUUGCAAAGUAUAGAGAAAGAAGUUUCUAUGAGUUGUCGAUAUCCAGCUGCAAGCAUGUCUAUUAAAGGUAUAUUACGUUACUCUGUGAUGAAAAAUUUUAAAGUAUUGAACUUUGAACAAAAAAUACCAGUCCAAUACCUGUUUCGACCGCUAUCAAUGAGCACUGAAGAGUUUGGACAGUGUUGGACCACCACUGGUAACGAUGCUCAAGCAUUUAAAAUGAAAUCAAAGAUGACAUUUGAAGAGAUAAUAAAUUUUGUAAAAGAGCACUUGAACUUCUUUUUGGUGGAGAUUAAAGGUUCUGAAGGAAUAUUAGCUGGUUCAGUACUUGGUAAAGAUGCUUGUCUUCUUCAUAUUAAUAUUCAAAACACAGAUAUUGACAUAUGGAUAAAAUGCAAUAAUAAAAAAUUGUCAGAAAUUAUUUUAAAUGAGUGUUCAUCUGUUUAUAGUGGAUGACAUGAGAUAUGAUGCUUGUUAAAUAAACAGUAUUAAUACACAAGAUUUCACUGGUAUCACUUAGAUUAUGCAAUUUUGUAUUAUUACAUUCUAGUUUUUUAACAUAUUUAACAAUAAAAUCCAUGUGCUGCAUCAGAAA